CAUAGGUGUUUAGUUAAAUAGGAAUGAUGACAUUUCCGAAACAUUGCAUCGCUACCUCAUUGUGGUGAUCCUCGGUUCUGAGUUCGCUACGCUUUUGUGCUGCAAUUAUCGCAACGAAAUGUGGAAGUGGAGAUGUACGAUUGUCGACUGGACACGAAUGCUAAACGAAGUGCUCACUUUGAUUACAUUUUGUGAGAGAGUCUAUCAGUUCAGCUGCUCAUAAUUGUAGUAAAGUAGUUUCCUGUUGCUUUACCGAAUACAACAGUAACUCAACCAUGAAUUCGUCAGAUGCUAAAGGGACCAGCACAGAUUCACGUGGUAGUUACCUGCGCCACAUUCGUCUUGAACAUCUGUAUGCUGGAGUUAGUGGCGGCGUGAUUUCUACUCUUGUUUUGCACCCACUCGACCUAGUCAAGAUCAGAUUCCAAGUCCAUGAAGGUCAGAGUACAGUGUCACGACCACAGUACCGUGGUGUUAUACAUGCUAUGCAUAGCAUUGUCAAGAACAACGGCUUUUGGGGACUUUAUCAAGGUGUCACUCCAAACAUAUGGGGAGCUGGUAUUUCCUGGGGCUUCUAUUUCUUUUUAUACAAUUCUAUGAAAACCUGGAUGCAGGAUGGUGACUCAAAGAAAAACUUGGGUGCAGGCUGGCACAUGUUCAUUGCUAGUGUAGCAGGGUUCGGUACAUUGACUAUUACCAAUCCGAUUUGGGUAACAAAGACAAGGCUGUGCUUGCAGUAUGAAAAUGCAGGCAGCCAAGGAAAACCUCUACAGAAUGCUACACAAAUGUACCUUGGCAUGUCAGAUGCUUUAGUAAAAAUUUACAGAAUGGAAGGUCUUCGUGGUUUGUACAAGGGCUUUAUCCCCGGGGUGUUUGGGAUUUCUCAUGGUGCAUUCCAAUUUGUAGCAUAUGAAGAAUUGAAGACACUGUAUAAUCAGUACAGACAGCAGCCUAUUGAUUCCAGACUGAGUUCUGGAGAAUACAUUGUUUUUGCUGCCUUAUCCAAGAUAUUUGCAGCAACCUUGACAUAUCCAUAUCAGGUCGUUAGGUCAAGGCUUCAAGACCAGCAUCGGCACUAUAAUGGUGUGAUGGACGUUGUCAGGCAGGUUGUAAGGAAAGAGGGCAUGCGAGGGAUGUACAAAGGGUUCACUGCCUACAUGAUCCACGUGAUGCCAAACAUCUGUAUUGUCUUCCUGCUGUAUGAGUACAUGACCACCACAUUUGAGGAGCCCAGCACCACCCUCAAGACACAGAUUGAGGAUGUUGCAGACACCAUUUGACAGCAUAUAGAGUUUAAUUUACUACUGUGAAAAUUUCUUAUAAAUGAGAACAUCGGCCAGGACCAUGUGAUCUGAAUGCAACUAUUACAGGCAGCCAGACGACUGCAAGUCUCUCAGUUUAAAGCCAGCAUCUAUAGCUGUGAUCUGUGCAGUCACUGAUAUUAAUUUUUAACAUGGAAAAUGAUACUAUUUGUGGAACGAGAAUUAUUUUUUAAUUUAUUCUUAAUUUGCUUUCAAAGGCAUUGUAACUGGAAAGACUGAUUUUAUUUUAUAUUUUACUAAUUUGAACUAUUUUCAUUUCUACUUUUCGUGUCGAUGCACACUUAUUAAAUACUCCUUGAAUAAGUUUAUAUUUCAAAUAGCUGCCUAUUUCAUCAACUCAUCUUUCCUACUAUUGCUUGCAUACACACCCAGAAUUUGAAAGGUCAGAUGAUUGAUAUGCUUAGAGUGUCUUAUGGCCACACAAGAAAAAGAACUAGCAGUCAUUUGCCUGGAAUUUUUGUUGUUUUGUGGUACACAUUUGCUUCCAUUGAUCACAAAGGAUGGAUAUGUUUUUGUUGUUUGGCAAGUUUGUAUGUCAGAGUGUGCGUGUUGGAAGUGAAUUUAAAAUUUAGGGAAAUUGACAUGCCUACUUUCAUUACACAUAUCAAAAACCAAGUGGGAACAAGUGUUUCGUGACUGCUUGUUAAAGAUGCACAUUUUUAUUUUAAUUUUAUGUCAUGGUGUCAGAUGCUAGUAGUGGUGCUUUUCAAGGAGCUGUUUCCGACUUGGCUAAACUAUAAGAGAUGCUGGUAUGAACAUGUCUUCCAGUCUAUCAGGUCUGAGGACUUACCUUAAAAUGCCUGUUAAGUCCAAAGAAUGGUUAAGAACCAUAACUCACCAAAUACUUCAUAGUUCCAAAACUAAGGGCAUUGCAUAGCAAAAACAGAAGCAAAAGCAUUUAUAAGCUUGCUGAAGCCAGUAACUGUCUAUAUCCGCACAGGUUGGAACCUAAGAUAUGAUGAUAAUAAUGUGUGUUGAUAAUUGCCUUUCAUAUUUAAAAAUUAAGCAUCUGCAAUGGAUACCAUUGAUACAAAUAUUUGUCUCAACAACUUACCUGAUUUGUACAGUAAUAAUCGUGUCAAAUCAAUUUUUUAGAAGUAUUAAAGAGGCUGGUGCUGUUACAUGUGAUAAUACAAAAAUAUUUGUCUUCCCAAACAUGAUUCAUGUGUACAAAACUUCAGUAUUUAAUAUUUGUUGGUAAACAUUAGAUGUUUGCUUAGUUAAUUGUAUGGGCCAGUAAAUAAGGGCAUUGUGGCAAGCAUCAUCUUAAUUGCUUUUCACUAGUUCUUCUGGUUUGAAGUCUUUUUUUAAAAAGAAAUGCAUGGAAUAAACAAUAUCUCAGCAUUCUUCACCUUUGACAAUUAUGUAUGCAUGAUGAUGUGAUUUCUAGAAUAAAAGUCAAAUGCAGAUCAAAGUAAAUGCAAACUUGUAUACAUGAUUAAAACCAAACAGUUGGCAAAACAAUCAAGCAAGAAUUUAGGUGGUGACUCUGUAGAAAGUUUACUCAUAUCUAAGUUUAUGUUGCUGUAUCUCAUACUUUUUUUAUUAUUUGGAACAUUUCUGUAAACACCAUCACUGCUUAAGAAUGCCUUUACUGUUUGAUCAUGCUUUUUUGUUGUUGUUUUUUGUCCUUGGUCUGGUCUAAAAUUGACCUUUUAUGUCACAUUCCUUUAGAUCUAAGCUGCAUAUGGAGAGGAACAAUCUUCUAUAUUUUGUUGAUAUUUUUUCCAACCUAGCCUUUUUACAUUUAUUUUAAUGGAUGGCUUUAUUGCAGUACCUGGGUAUUGUACAUGCAGCAGUUGCACAAAUAAAUUUCAUUUUCAUAGUA